AAGAAAACGAGAAGAAAGGGGCAAAGGUGGAAAGAACCCGACUUCAAUUCCUUUCGCCGUCAAGUACCUCUUCGUUCGCCGUCCGCCGUCACCACAGAAGAGUGAGAAAUGGCUUGCCUGCAAUACGGUAGGAUUACUCUCCGGCAACAGCUGAAGAAUGUGAAAACCUCAGCAGCUAUCUUCCAGAAGUGCCAAGGUGGAGAAGUACAUUUACACCAUCCACUAUUUUACGCCGCCCAAGGUGUUCGAUACAGAAAACUACAAGUCAUUCUCACUACUGGCAUAGACAAGCUUGGAAAAGCAGGGGAAACUGUGAGAGUUGCACCUGGAUAUUUUCGAAACCAUCUUAUGCCCAAAUUGCUGGCUGUACCCAAUAUUGACAAGUACAGGCAUCUCAUGGAAGAUCAACGAAAGAUUUACCAACGUGAGGAAGUUGAAGAGGUUAAAAUAGUUCCAGCUACCAAGGAAGAUAAGAUGAAAGAAUACCAGAUGGCAGCAAACCGCCUGGAUAGAACUAUGCUGGUGCUAAGAAAGCUCGCGAAGAAACCAUUGGCGAAAGAUGACAAUGGUAGGACUUUCAUUCAGGAACCUAUUGGAAAAGAUGAAAUUGUGGCUGAGGUUGGCAAGGAUUUUAUAUUCAGUAAUACAGUAAGAAAGAAACUUAUUAAUCUUCAACCGGAGGAUGCCAUUUUCACCUGGUAUAAAAGGGACAACCAAGUUCAGAAGGAUCCACUGAUGGAAUUAGAGAAUGGUGGAAUUCUUUCAACUUCACUGGAAGACCUGACUCCAUACUGGCUUGCUCAAAUGCUAAAGCCUUUCAGUUUGAUCAGUUGGCUAAUCAUUGUUCCUGUAUCCCAAUAA